CUACCCUCGCCCGCUCGCAGUCGCCGCACCCCAAAUCCACAGGGCCAUCCCCAUCCAGAUCCAGGCGUCGAUGCUGCGCCGCCAGCCCACCCGCAUCGACCUCCGCAGCUCCGACCGCGACGAGCUCGAGGAGCACCUCCGCUCCAAGGCCGCCGCCGCCGCCGCCGCCGAAUCCACGCCCCUCUUGACCCCGCGCCCGUCCAACCCCAUCUCCAACCCGCUCCUCCGCCUCCUCCACCCGCCGCCCGACGCCGCGCCCUCCAAGGCCCAGCGCAUCGGCCUCCACCCCCCGCCCCCCCAGCCCUAGCCGCACCCCCACCCCCAUGGAGGUCGAGAUCAAGCUCCGGCUCCCGGACGCGGCCGCGCACGGGCGCCUCUCCACCUUCCUCGCGCCCCGCCUGCUCCGCACCGACGCCCAGCGCAACGUCUUCUUCGACGCCGCCGCGCGGCCCCUCGCCGCCGCCACCGCCGCGCUCCGCGUCCGCCUCUACGGCCCCGACGACCGCGCCCCCUCCCGCGCCGUGCUCGCGCUCAAGCGCCGCCCGCGCAUCCACGCCGGCGUCAGCCGCGUCGAGGAGAUCGAAGAGCUCCUCGACCCGGCCCUCGCCCUCGCAUGCGUCGACGACCCCGCCCGCCUCGGCGCCGUCGACUCCCCCAUCGUCCGGCUCGUCUCCGACGAGUACGGCGUCGGCGGGGACAAAGCGCCGUUCGUCUGCCUCGGCGGCUUCCGGAACACGCGCGGCGUGUAUGAGCUCGGGGAGGGCGAGGGGCAGGGGCUCGUGCUGGAGCUCGACGAGACGCACUUCGAUUUCGGGACCAACUACGAGCUCGAGUGCGAGACCGCGGAGCCAGACCAGGCCAAGGAGGUCCUCGAGCGGCUGCUCACGGUGGCUGGGGUGCCGUAUGAGUACUCCCGGAGCAAUAAGUUCGCGUCCUUCAUGGCCGGGAAGCUGCUUCCAUGACUAGAAACCAAGACUUCAAAAAUGACAGUGGAGCGGAGCAAGGCUGCUCAUCGAGAGGGCCACUGAGGUCUUCCAUGGACGACUUGGAUGGGGCCCGCUGAUACUCUUGAUAAAUUCUUGAGCAACUUGUUGCCUCGUGGCUUGAUGGCCUGGCUAGCUUCUGCUGUUAUGUUUUGCGCUGUUUGUUGUUAAUCCUCAGACUUGUUCUUGUUUUCCAGACUUGUUCAGGAUGUCUGCUGUGAUGCGUUGGCCCUUUCUAUGGUGCUGAGUUGAUCGACUCCUCUUCAUGGUUUGA